UGGGUUUGGGUAAUACUUGUUUAGAAACUAUAAAACAGCAUACGCAAGGAAACACAGAACUCGAAACAGAGGAAGGAGUAACGCAUACAAGCCAAAUGCAGAGGUGGUAGCUUAAUCUUUUAAUAAUAGUUGAGAACUAUUCUGAAAUAUAUAUAUUUUUACAAGUUUGCUUGGGAAACUAAAGGUAAGCAUAGUAAUUCACAUUCAGUAACUCACAGCCUGAUUGCUGUCGGUUCUUUUGGUUAUGAAUUACAUCACUGCAGCAUUUAAGUGAAUUCGUUUAAAUAGAUCAUUUUUCUGUGAGAAUCCUGUGGUUUAAUCUACUUUAGUUCCUCAAAGUAGCAGUAUUUUGGGUAUGUGUAUCACCUGUGAAUACCCUGUUGUAGCUUGAAUUAAAACAUUUGCAGAGUCAAAUAACUGUUACUGAGAACGAAAGUUAUAUGUUUUAGAACUGAGAAGCAGAACUGUUAGGCCUAUUUCUCAGAGUACUUUGGCAAGACGACACUCCUUUCCAAAACAGAAACACUCACUCCCUCUAUAGGCACAAUAAAGAAGAGCAGGCUAAGCCUAUCUGUAGAGUUCAGCGCAUUUAGCCCGCCUAAUGGAAGUAAUCUCUUAGAUGAAUGAAAGCUGCAGAGACCCAGACAGAAAGUACUCGUCAUCUCAUGGGCUUUGAGCAUCCCCAUUUCAGUACAUUUAAGUGCACUUAAUUAACCAUGCAAGUGUUUUGCAUCUCCUCUGCCAUCUACUUGGUGGCUGUAACUAACGCUGAAAUGAGGGUGAGGAGGGGUGGAUCCAGGCUUCCCCUCUUUCCACUCACUCAGAUGCACUGCUUGCGCCUGAGCUCCCUGGGUUAGCCACGCCUUCUCACCUGCUGCUCAACCAUUAAAAAAACAAAAAACCUACAAAAAAAAAAAAAAAAACCCACAAAAAAAAUCAAACCAACCAAACAACUGACGUACUCCCUAUUUGUAAUUAGCCACGCCUGCUGCAAUUAAGGAAGAUAUUUAUAACCACUCUGUUUUGCAUCACAAAGUGGUGCGUGACUAGAAACAUGUUAUUAAUCGCUCUGAAGAGAAAGUGCUGCCCACUGCUCGCGAGGGCUCCUCAGUACCGUGUGCUGCCAACGUCAGAGGACUGAUGAGGAAGCAGCCUGCGCGCGCCCUGCCCUCAGUUAAGAUGGCGGCGGCAGCGCCGGGUCACGUGGUGGGGGCAGGACCCCAUCCCCCCUCCUCUCGGUGGCGGCGUGGCGGCGGGAUGGAGCCGGCUGCGCUGGAGCGAUUCCUCAGCCCGGGCAAGGGCAGCGGCCUCCGCUCCCGUCGGCGGGUGCGGCCCGGAGAGCUGCUCUACAGAGCCGAGCCCUUCGCUUACGUGGUGACCAAGGAGCAGCUGGGCGGCGUGUGCGAGCAGUGCCUCCGGAGGAAUGAACAUCUGCACAGAUGCUCUCAGUGCAAGGUUGCUAAAUACUGUGGUAAAUCAUGUCAGAAAGAAGCUUGGCUGGACCACAAGCAGGAGUGCAAGUGCCUUCAGAACGUCAAGCCAAAUUUUCCUCCAGACUCUGUCAGACUUGCUGGCAGGAUUGUUUUUAAGCUACUUAGGCAAUCAGCGUGCCUUUCUGAGAGACUCUACUCUUUUUCAGACCUUCAGUCAAAUGCUGAACAACUAAGUGAUGAAAUGAAAGAUGGCCUCAGGCACCUUGCACAUACCUUGCAACUGUAUCUGAAAGCAGAGAUCCAGGAUGCAUCUCACUUGCCACCCGCAAUUGACUUUUUUCAGAUCUUCACAAAAGUGACCUGUAACUGUUUCACCAUCAGUAAUGGAGAGAUGCAGGAUGUUGGUGUUGGCCUGUAUCCCAGCAUGUCUUUGCUGAAUCACAGCUGUGACCCAAACUGUGUGAUCGUUUUUGAAGGAUACCAGCUUUUACUUCGCUCUGUCCGAGAGAUCCAGAUUGGCGAAGAGCUCACCAUCAGCUAUAUUGAAUCACUGAUGCCCACCAGCGAACGACAGAAGCAGCUGAAGCGACAGUAUUGCUUUGAAUGUGACUGUUGUCUCUGCCAGGAUCAAGAAAAGGAUGCUAAGAAAUUGGCAGGUGAAGAGCCUGCCUGGAAGGAAGUCAAAGAUGCUGUAAAUGAGGUGAGAUAUCCAAAAUCAAAAGAUGAGUGGGAGAAGGUUCUGGCAAGAUGCCAGCAUCUCUUGAGCAGCCAUACCAGUCAUCUUCCAGAUACAAACAUCUAUCAGCUGAAACUGCUGGACUGUGCCAUGGAUGCCUGUAUUAACCUUGAAGCCUGGGAACAAGCUUUGUGUUACGGCAGCAGGACACUUGGACCAUAUGGGCUGUAUUAUCCUGAUUUCCAUCCACUGAGGGCUGUGCAGCUGAUGCGAGUGGGCAAACUGCAGUACAGUCAAGGCAUGUUACCUCAGGCACUGGAGACCUUGAAACAGGCCUAUGAUAUUAUGAAGGUGACCCAUGGGACGGAUCACAGCCUGAUGCAAGCCUUGAUGGACUUAAAGGAACAAUGUGAGGCCAUCAUGAAAGUACACUGAAUAAAAUCUCCAGUCUGGAAAACAAGACAUUCAAGGGGAAAGGAUAUGGAAUUCUUUUUGUUACAUUAGGAAGCUUCUCAGUGAUUUUGGUAUCUUUUCAUCAGGUCCUACUUUCUUUAUAAAAACGUUUAGUGUUUAUUAGUUUUUCUCUAUGAUCCUUCUGGAUUGAGUUAAUGUUUGGAGGAAUACGUGUUUUCAGAAAUUUUUUUAACUUCUACAAGUCAAAAUGGUAGUGAGUAAGUCUUAGUAUUUGAUCUUAAGACAUGCUGAUAAAACUACGAACUUAUACAUAAAGCAAGGAAAAAAUUAAUUUGCUUUUAUUUAAUAACCAGAACCUCCAAUCCAAAUACCACCGAAUAUAGGAAGAAUUGAGACUCAAAUUGGAAUCUCAAUGAUACAUGACGCAAUUUGCUGCUGAGCUUCUCUCACGUGCUUGUAGGUAUUGAUUUCUCUAUCUUUCCAGCAACCUCUGAAUGAUCAGAAAAUCUGUCCUUACAUCUUAUGCUUGUUGACUAGGACACAGUUAUAAUGUUUUUUUUUUCUACCAAACACCUAAUUUAGAUGAUAACACUUGAUUAUCCUUUUACAACAUGAUUUAAUUGAUAAUGAAUACUGGAAAAGGCAUACCAUCUUAAUUUGUAACAAAAUGAUAUAAUUUCAUUGAGAUCAGCAGCCAGUUCUCAGUGCCAGUUUAUGCCAGUACUUGAAGAUAUAGUCGCAAAAAUAAGUAGAGAAAUCAUAUUUUUCUCUUUGACUUCCCAUUAGAUGUGGUUUCCAAAAGCCCAAUCCAGUGCUCUUUAAAAGAUUCACAAUUUUCUAAAUUGUAUCUUGAAUUUUUAGCAGUGAGUUUAUAUUUGCAGUAUGUGUCUUGAUUUGAGAAACCAUUCAAUAAACCAUUUGGAUGACAUAG